AUGAUAGCACCAUUUGUGGAAAAGAAUGUAUUUUACGCAGAUAUUACUAAAAUGAUGAUUGCAUGCGGAAUUCCACUUUAUAAUUUGAAGAGUGUGGAAUUCAAAUCAUUCUUUGAAAAAUACGUUCAGGAAUCCCUUCCCGAUGAAUCAACUCUUAGAAAAAAUUACGUGAAGGAUUGUUACGAGUCCGUUUUGGAGAAAAUUCGUUUAGAAAUAGGAGAAAGCCCCAUCUUUGUGUCCAUCGAUGAAACUACAGAUAAGGCAGGCCGCAGUGUAACCAACGUUAUUGUUGGACCGUUGCGUGAAAGCGGACGCGGCUAUCUCUUGCCGGUGGAGGUGUUGGAUAAGGUGAACUCAUCAACAAUCGCAACAUUGUUUGACGAUUCUAUGCACAUUUUAUGGCCAAUAGGAUUCCAACGUGAAAAAGUGUUGGUAUUUGUGACUGAUGCAGCACCCUACAUGAAGAAAAGUGCGUCAUCAUUGAAGCUGCUUUAUCCUAAUAUGAUUCAUAUCACCUGCGUCGCACAUGGCGUACACCGGGUCUGCGAAUCUCUACGCUCGAAGUACUCAGAUGUUGACGUCUUAAUUUCAAACUUAAAAAAAGUUUUCUUGAAAAGCCCAUUCAGGGUGGCAGUUUUCAAAGAAAUGGAACCCAAUCUUCCUCUGCCUCCUCAGCCGGUGAUAACUCGAUGGGGCACAUGGCUAAUUGCAGCCGUAUAUUAUGCCGAAAACUAUGAUUCCAUCAAAAGAAUAAUUGACCAAAUAACGGACGAUGCAGCAUGUGUCAGAUUCUCGAAGCAAUUGUUGAGCAAAAAAUCGGUUCAGGGGAAUUUGAUAUAUAUAAAAUGCAAUUUUGGUUUUCUUUUAGAGGAAAAAGUUUUCGAACGUCUACAGAAAACAGGAACUCCAGUUGGUGAGGUAUUAAAUAUUUUGGAUAACAUUGAGAAGCGGCUUAUAGAAGCGCAGGG